CUGUCAUUUAAGUUUGACAGACGGUUUUUAGGUUAAUUGUUUACCCCCUUAGCAAAAGGGUUUUUAUUGAGUGUUUUUUACCCUAUAAAAGUUAAUUAAUAAUGUCGAAACGUGUACAACCCCCGUGGUCGCCCCCCUCUCAAGACAAACGGCCCACUUUGAAACUGUACAACAGCUUGACCAGGCAAAAGGAGGUUUUCGUGCCCUUAUCGGGUAAAAAGGUUUAUUGGUACAGUUGCGGGCCUACGGUUUACGACGCGUCCCAUAUGGGACACGCAAGGUCCUACAUAACCUUCGACAUCCUCCGAAGGGUCCUCACCGACUACUUCAACUACGACAUCCUCUACGUAAUGAACAUAACCGAUAUCGACGAUAAAAUCAUCAAGAGGGCGCGACAAAACUAUUUAUUCGACCAAUACGUCUCGGAAAAACGAGAAUUGCAAACGAUCGUUAACGACGCGGGGGAGGUUCUAAAGAACAUCACCGUAAAAGCGAAAGAAAACACCGAUCCGGACAAGGAACCCAUGUACGAAAAGAUGCUCAAUAGGCUCAACGAGUCCAUAUUGAACCUAGAAAACGCCAUUAAGGGGGGAAACGACCAAAAAAUCAUCGAGGCCCAACAGAGGUUCGUUAUGGACAGUAAAGACCCCGUGUCCGAUUGGUUGGACGGUAAAUUCGGCGGUACCGUCACCGAUAACGCCAUCUUUACCUCGCUACCCAAACAUUGGGAGGAGGAGUUUCAUAAAGACAUGGACUCGUUAAAUGUUCUGAGGCCUAAUGUCUUGACCAGAGUGAGCGAACAUAUACCGGAAAUCAUUUCUUUUAUCGAGGGCAUUAUAAAAAACGGGUUCGGUUACGAAGCGAACGGUUCCGUGUACUUUGACGUCUCCGCCUUCGAUAAAAAGGAGAAACAUCAUUAUGCCAAACUGGUCCCGGAGGCUUAUGGGGACUUUAAUAGUUUACAAGAGGGAGAAGGUGACUUGAUGACGUCAGAAAUGCGUAACGAGAAACGUUCGCCGAACGAUUUCGCCCUCUGGAAGAAAAGUAAACCGGGAGAGCCGUCCUGGAGGUCCCCCUGGAGUCCGGGACGUCCCGGUUGGCACAUCGAGUGUUCCGCGAUGGCUUCGGCCAUUUGCGGUCCGUAUUUGGACAUUCACACCGGGGGGGUGGACCUGAAGUUUCCCCAUCACGAUAACGAGAUCGCCCAGAGUGAGGCCCAUUUCGGCAACCCCGAAUGGGUAAAAUACUUCCUCCACUCGGGCCAUUUAACGAUAGCCGGCUGCAAAAUGUCCAAAUCCCUCAAAAACUUCGUCAGCAUACAAGAGGCCCUGUCCAAGUACACGGCAAGACAAUUGAGGUUCGCUUUUCUAUUACACGCCUGGAGGGACACUCUGGACUACAGCCGGAACACCAUGGAGUGCGCCCUACAGUACGAGAAACUGUUCAACGAGUUUUUCUUAAACGUAAAAGACGCCACUCACCAACUGACACUGUCCGACGCGACGACCUUUGACACUUUCACAAAAUGGUCCGAACUGGAGCUAAAUUUAAAUAAAAAAUUAUUGAGCGCGAAAGAAAACGUGCAUACGGCCCUGUGCGAUAACAUCGACACCAAGUCGGCCCUGGACGCUUUAAGGGAGUUGGUGAGCGCGGCGAAUGUUUACCUUAAGGUGCGGAAACCGGCCAAUCAGGUGCUGUUGUACGAUCUCGCCGUGUACGUCACGAAGAUUUUGGGGGUUUUCGGGACGACCCCCGGUAUCCCGAGGAUCGGCUUCCCGAGUACCUCCGAACCGGCCCAUUGUAGUACCGAGGCCACCAUUUUGCCCUACAUCCGAAUUUUAGCCGAUUUCCGGGACAAGGUGCGUUCGGAGGCGCGUAACCUCAAAGCCCUCGACAUUUUAACCGAAUGCGAUCGCAUCAGGGACGAAAUUUUGCCCAGCGUGGGGGUGCGUCUGGAGGACAAGGACGACGGCAGUAGCGCGGUCAAACUGGUCGACAAGGAGACGUUGUUGAAAGAGCGAGAAGCCAAACGGAGGAUGGAUGAAGAGAGGGCGCUGGAAAAGGAACGGAAGAAAGCGGAGCAGGCCUUGAAGGAUGCUCAAAAAAGGGUUCCGCCUAAAGAGAUGUUCAGGAGCGAGACGGAUAAGUAUUCGCUCUUUGACGAUAAGGGUUUUCCUACGCACGACAUCGAAGGUAAGGAACUGAGCAAAGGGCAAGCGAAGAAGCUGCAAAAGGUUUAUCAGGCCCAAGAGAGGAGGUUAACAAUAAAUUUUUUUAUGGUGUUUUUGUUUUUUAAAUUUUCUCACACAACCAAACAGGACAAUUGAUAUCGAGUUUCUGUCAAUCAAUCAAUCAAUCGAAGGGCUCAAAUUUGAUACACAAUACCCGAUAAUAAAGACACUAAAGGCCAAAAUCCCGGAAACAAGACGCUGAUAACGCGUAGGGAACAAUACAGAGAAUUUCGUUGUUUUGUUUUUGAAUGGAGGGUAAUUUUAUAUAGAUUUAAGUGACUUAAUUGUGCGGUGUCGAUUACGUUUUUCUUUUCUUUUAUUUAGGUCAUAUUCGUACCAUUGACGUUCGUUUAGUAUCAAAUAGUAACAUUUUUUGGGGUGAAAACAGUCACUAAUUGACCCUUUGUACGUCAAUAAAAACAUUAAAAAAAAAAUCACGGUUUUCACUUAUAGAGAGUCGAUUCAAUGGGUGGUAAGUGCCAUAAUCAAUAAAAAAACAGGAGACUUGAUUUAAAGGUGACAAUCAACGGAAAGACUUUUUGUGAAUCAAUAAAACAAUUGAAAAAAUCA